AUGUCUAAAGUAUUUUUCGACGUCGAAGUUGAUGGCCAACCAUUGGGCCGUAUCACUUUCAAAUUGUACAACGAUGUUGUGCCAAAGACCGCUGAAAACUUCAGAGCUCUAUGUACCGGCGAAAAGGGCUUCGGUUACACUGGCUGUCCAUUCCACAGAGUGAUCCCAGACUUUAUGUUGCAGGGUGGUGACUUCACCCACGGCACCGGUGUCGGUGGCAAGUCCAUCUACGGUGGCAAGUUCCCAGAUGAGAACUUUGCCAAGAAGCACGACAAGCCAGGUUUGUUGUCGAUGGCCAACGCUGGUCCAAACACCAACGGCUCCCAGUUUUUCGUCACCACCGUUCCAUGCCCAUGGUUGGACGGCAAGCACGUUGUGUUCGGUGAGGUUUCCGAGGGCCAAGACGUUGUCAAGAAGAUCGAAUCUCUAGGUUCUCCUCACGGUACCACCAGAGGUCGCAUUGUGAUCGCCAAGUCUGGUGAAUUGUAA